UCUGUGGUGAGAAGUGAAGCACGUGGAUUCUGGAAUUUGGUGUACAAAUAGUUCAUCUUAUUUAUUCAAAAUAAAUGUUUUAAUACUAUAUCACAGACCACUAAGAGCUACUACUAUUUCUGUAUGCGUAUUGCGUAAUUCAAUUUGAAGUAAAUAAGAAGGUCAACAUCUCAAACAAGGAAAAAUGAAAAAGUAUGAUGAAAAUAAAAGUAACCGAAGUAAAAAAUCAAAACACAGACUAUUUAAACCUCGUAAAAAAAGAAAUUCCGAAGAAGAUUCUGCCAUACAAUAUUUACAAGGACAGUAUGAACAAAUCGUUCCCGAAAACAUUGACACUUUUAAAGAUUUCCCACUUUCACAAAAGACGCUCAAAGGCCUUAAAGACAAUAAUUAUGUGAAGCCGACAGACAUACAGAGACAAGCUAUAGGAUAUGCCCUCAAAGGUAAUGAUAUUUUAGGUGCUGCUAAGACUGGCUCAGGAAAAACACUUGCGUUUUUGAUACCAAUAUUAGAACAAUUGUUUUGUAAGAAAUGGACUCGACUUGAUGGUGUCGGAGCUCUUGUUAUAUCACCUACAAGAGAACUAGCUUAUCAAAUAUAUGAAAUUUUAAGGAAAAUAGGUCAGUACCAUGACUUCUCAGCAGGCUUAAUUAUUGGGGGACAAAACCUAAAGUUUGAAAAGAAAAGAAUGGAUCAAAUAAAUAUUUUAAUCUGCACACCUGGAAGGCUGCUCCAACAUAUGGAUGAGAAUCCUCUAUUUGACUGUAGUAGUCUCCAGAUUCUUGUCUUAGAUGAAGCAGAUAGAUGUCUCGAUAUGGGUUUUGAAACAACAAUGAAUGCAAUUAUAGAAAAUUUACCUCCAAAAAGGCAAACUUUAUUGUUUUCAGCAACACAGACAAAGUCUGUGAAAGAUUUAGCUAGAUUGAGUUUGUCAUUCCCUACUUACAUUGCUCCACAUGAACAGACAGAAACAGUCACCCCGGAUUCACUUCAACAAAGUUACAUAGUAUGUAAGGUUGAUGAAAAAGUUGGUAUAUUGUGGUCAUUUAUUAAAAACCAUUUAAAACAAAAAGUUCUGGUGUUUAUGGCAACAUGCAAACAGGUUAAAUUCAUGUAUGAGCUUUGUUGUAAAUUAAGACCAGGAGUGAGUUUGCUUGCACUCUAUGGCACACUCCAUCAAGAAAAACGAGAGAGAAUAUAUCAGGAGUUCUGCAGGAAAUCAAAUGUAGUUUUAUUUGCUACUGACUUAGCUUCAAGAGGAUUGGACUUUCCUAAAAUCAACUGGGUAAUACAGUAUGACUGUCCAGAAAAUGUUGAAACUUAUAUACACAGGGCUGGUAGAACAGCAAGAGGAUUUCUUGGAAAAGGUGAUGGGCUUCUUAUGCUAUUGCCCAAUGAAGAGAUUUUUGUUGAUGAUCUUAGAAAAAGUAAAAUUCCCAUCAAUAAAAUAUCUGUGGAUCCAUCAAAGGUUAUAUCUCCACAACGGAAAAUUGAAGCUCUUCUCUCUGAUAACAUAGAGUUAAAGCAAACUGCUCAGAGAGCAUUUGUUAGCUAUUUGAAAUCAGUUUUUUUGAUGAAAAAUAAGGACUUAUUUAAUGUUCAGCUUUUAGACACUGAUGCAUACGCUAAGUCAUUGGGUUUGAUAAUUCCACCAAGAAUAAGAUUUUUACAAAAAUUACAAGUCAAAAACAUGUUUAUGAAUAAAUUAAAAGAAAAGGAUAAUGUUGUGGAGAAACUAAAUUCAAAGUUUAAUGCUAAAACUGAGUCUGAUGAAUUUAUAUCAGAGGAUGAACAAGUUAGUAAUAUUCCUAAGAUGAAAACAAAGAAAGAACAAAAAACUGAUGCUAACUUCAAUUUCCAUAAUUUUGAUGACAGUGAAGAAGAAGAUUUUCUGCAUGUUAAGGAAAAGAAUGUUCAAUUAGAACUCAUUCCAUUGGAGAUACCAAAAGAAAAUAAAAAGAAGGCAAAGCCAGUGACAAAAGCUGCCGUAGCUAAGAAAAUACUCAAAAAAAAGAUCAAAGUGAACACCACAACAAAAUUCACAGAUGAUGGUGAAAUAAUAGAAGAUGAAAAAAGAGAUGUAAAAUCAGAGUUAGCUAAACAAUUUCUUAGUGAAGAUGUUGGUGGUCUUGAUAUAGAAAGAGCUAAGGAAGUUUUACAGGAAGAAGACAAAUUUGACAAGUUAAGGUUUAGAGAGAAAGUAAAGGCAAAACAUAAAGAACAAAAGCGUAAAUUAAAACAUAAAAGGAUGGAAGAGGAAGGAGAAAAGGAUGAUUUUGGAAGUCAAUCAGAAUCUGAUGGUCCAGAUCUCUCUUGGCUACCUGAUCCCAAUAAAGUGUAUGAUACAGGAGAUCACUCUGAUCAACAUGAGAGUGACAGUGAAAUUAUAGAAAACAGGCAGAAAGUUAUUAAUACAGAUUCUGAAGAAAGAUAUCACAGGCCUACUAAGAGGAAAUUGGUGGUAAAUAGAGGAAUUUCACAAGAUUCUGUGAAACCUAGAAAAAUUAAAAAAGUUGAAGAUAUCUCAGCAGCCCUGACAGUGGAUGAGGCUGAGGCUCUUGCAAUGCAGUUAUUGUACAAUAAAAAAUAAAUAACAAACUUGUAUCAAUUUUCAUAAUUGUAAUAAUAUACUGAACUGUGACUAUAAAUAUUCACAUAAAUUUUUUAUUUUUUCAAGGAAA